AUGAGCCGGAGCGGGCUGGUCGAGUUUCAUCUGCACACACAUACCCACCGUCGCUGGGACCUGCUGGAUAACGUCCGUGAGCCGUCCGUCUUUCUUGAGUCCGAUAUUCUUCUCGGACAGGCGAUGAAGGAGGCGCUGCAGGCUGCGGGAUGUACAAACACCAUCCGGGUGGUUUCACCGGGAUUUGAUUUUGAUGCAAUCCGGGAAGCCAUGAGCAUGCCUCUGCCGGAACAUGUUCGUGAAUGGCUGGAAGCGAGAGCUCCUCAUCCGGUCAUAGUUCAGAUCGGGAUGUUACGUCCGGAGAAAGGCCAUGAUUUCAUGCUGAAAACACUCUUUCAUCUGAAACGUGAGGGCGGCCAGUUUCACUGGCUGAUUGUCGGUGGCGGGGCUCCGGAAGAGGAAAGCCUGUUACGCCGUAGAAUUGUGUGUACUGAUAUGUGGUCAUCUUACGCCGGUAUAUCCGGUCUACAGGGUGGCUUCCCUGAUGGUGAUGCCUUCCACCUGUGA